UGCGAAUAAUAAAAAAAAAAAAAAAAAUGGAGAAAGUUGAUGUCGAUGAAAUGUGUUUGUGUUGAUAAACGAUUAAAAUGGCCGCCGUUUCGUUUCGAGUACAACAAAAAUUUGGUGCUUAUUGAUUCGUUUUUUUAAUUUCCAAAACAAAAAUUACGUUAAGUCUUCGUAUAAAUGGAUCGACGUGUAGAAAAACCUUUUUGUAAGUUUUGCACUGUAAAAUAAAGUAGGUGAAUUUAUCGCUAUGCUGUAGUAAGUACUGCCAGUGAUUUUUUAAUUUGAAAAUAUAUGUUGUGAAUAUUUAUAAUGUCCCCUGUGCUCGUGGGUAUAUGAUAGUGAACCUUGCGAAAAAUAUAUAAUAAUAAAAUCAUAAAAUGAGCAAAAGAACUGGUCGUAAGCCGAAACGUGAACGUACGUCAAGGCGUCGUACUAGGCGCCAUUCGUCUACAUCUGAAACAUCAUCAGAAGAUGUGCCACCACCACCUAAAGUUGGCAAAACCCGAGCUUCUAGCAGAGUUGAAGAGGGCGAAAGGAAAGUUGCAUUAACAAUAAAACUACCUAAGCCAGAAAGUAAUGAUUGCAGUGAAGAGAAUACCACUGGUAUGUGGAAGGUUGAGUGUUCCAAUGGAUCAGAUGGCGACAUUCAAAAGUUAAAAAUUAGUUUGAGGCGUUCGCCUAAAGAUUUACUAAGAGAGCAGGCUGCGGAAGCUAAAUAUUCAGCCGAAAGAAAAGAAAAAGAAGCUGCAGGCACUUCAACAAAUCCGUCUAUGUUGGAUGGUAGCGUUACAAAUUAUUUAGAACAGUUUUGUAGCACUGUUGCUGUUGAAGAAAGUGAACAAAACAUAGUUGAUUCUAGUGAACAAGUGCAAGUUGWUGCCCCUUCCAAUGAACUAUCAUGCAAUCAAGAAAAUAUUGGUGAUGACCAAAUAGACAAUGUUGAAGUAUCAUCUGAAUUCAUAACUCCUGAUGAACCUAUUGUAGAAAAUAUCUCUACUGAUGAGCAACUUAUUGAUGCAGUAGUCAGUGAAAUUAAAGUUGAAGAAAAAAAAAUUCAUGAAGACGUUUUAGAACCUGCUGCUGUUAUAGUAGAAUCAACCAAUCCUACCAAUUUAUCAAUAGAUUUUAUAGACUCUACAGUCCGUCCAUCCAUUGAUGAAUGUGAUGUAUCAGAACCUGUUUUAAAAGAAAGUUGUGUAACUACUGGAGAAGUUAUUGAUAUUCCAAUAGCUUUAAGUGAAGAUAUUCAAGAUAUUGCACCAGAAUCUAUUGUAGGUGUAGUAAAUGAACCUGAAGUCUUAGAAACUGCAUCAAAUGUUGACAUAAAUAAAAUAGAUAAUAAUCCAAUACAAGAAGAGUUCAAUAAACCUGAUUAUAUUAAUGAUUCAGAACAAAUGGAAGAUGUUGUACAAUUAACUGUUGAAUCACCAGAUUUAGUUGACGAUGAAGAUCCUAAACCAACUGAAGAAGAAACUAAACUAGUUGGCGGAGAAGAACCUAAACAAGUUUAUGAAGAAGAAUCUAAUUCAGUCAAUGUGAAUGAAACUGAAUCAGACAAUGAAAUAGAACUUAAACCAGUGAAUGAAGAUGAAUCUAAACAAGUAGUCAGACAAGUAACUACACCCAUUGAAGAAUCUUAUAAAGUUCUAUCAUCAGAUAUAAAUAAUAUAAAACAAGUUGAUGAUGAAAAAGAAUUAAAUGAAACGCCAAAACUACUGUCUUCACACCCUAAACGUAAAUGGGGCUCUUGUAAAACAAGAACACCUAUAACGAUAAGUCCUUUUACUUUAGGUACUAUAAUAGAAUCUAAUGGGGAUUCUAUUGCUGAUAAUGGUGAGUAUCGAUCAGAAGAAGGAGAAAUACAAAGAACAGAUUCAGACGAUGAACAAGAUGUUGAAGAACCUAUGGAAAUGAAUGAUACUAUGUUAAUUGAUCACGAAGCAGUUGAUUAUGAAGCACCAGAAGAAGAAGAGAAACCUUUCAUAGAUAAUUAUGAUAAUAAAUCGGAUAAGUCUUUGGCAGAAGAAAUAAAUGAAUUGGAGACAAGGAAAAAAUCUUCUGUAAAGCGCAUCACAACUACCAGUGUAAUUCGUAUUACAAACCUUGUAAGGCCAUUCACAGUUGGGCAACUAAGAGAUUUGUUACAAAGAACGGGAAAGAUUGUACCUAAUGGAUUUUGGAUAGAUACAAUUAAAUCUCAAUGUAUUGUUGAGUAUGAAAAUGAAGAUCAAGCUAUUGAAACUGUAUAUGCACUCAAUGAUUCCCAAUGGCCUUCAACCAAUCCAAAAUUUUUGAGAGUCGUUUUUACAAGUAAAGAAGAAUUAAAUAAAGCCCUGAGUGGAACUCAUCCAGACCGAUUAGAUAAACAAAAAGAGUCUAAAGUAGAAAAACUUAGAACUCAAGUAGAAAAUCAUUUUAUUUUACGUGAAUGGGAUAGAGGUAAGUUGGAAGAUAUGAAUGGUGAAGAUGAAAAAGAUGAGAAACCUAUAAAAAGAAAAAUAUCUGACGAUCUUCAUGCUACAAAAGAUAAAAAAAUAAAGAAGGACGAAAAAGAUCUACUAGAUAAACGUAAGAAGUCAAAAUCCAAAACACCAGAUCGUAUUCCUACCAAAAGUUUAGAYGAGUUGUUUCGAAAAACCAAAACUACUCCAACCCUUUAUUGGUCUCCACUUUCUAUUGAACAGAUUGCAGAAAAAGAAGACCAACGGCGUAAACAUCUUGCAGAAAUAGAACGGUCUCAAAAGACUGACCGUAGGAGAAGAGAUAACCUUCAUUAUCCUAAGAGACGUUAGAAUUUGUGUUUAACAAGUAUUUUAUAUUUUAAAAAGAAUACCUACAUUUUAUAUAAAUCGGUAAAACCAUUGAGUUUUGUCACCAUGUACCAGAGGGUUAACUCAUUACACAUAGUAAAAACUGCAUAAUUAUUGUAGGCUAAUUUUUUCAUAUAAUGUACUUUUUUUUUUUAGGGAUCACAAUCCACAAACUGUUUUUAUGAUAUUUUGAUUA